AUGGAUCAGAACAAAUUUCCAACAGCUGCUAUGGAAGAAGAAAGGGAGACCAGUCCUUCCUUGUUGGUAGAGCCAUAUGCAGAUUGUCCCAUGGAAAGUAUCAACCGCACAAAUACGAAUUUCGCACAACUCAAUAUUCUGACUCUGAGAUACCUUUUCCCGCACGAGGGCUAUGCAGCAACCUGUCGAGCUUCAGGACAUGGCCGCAGAUGUAAGACACCAAGCUUGGGGACACUAUGGAGUGAGAUGAAUGAGAGCCCAAAAAUCCUUGUCAGGGCUAUCUUAUCAGAUACCGACUUUCUUCUCCCAACCAAAUUGCUCUGUGAACGAUCCGCCUGGUUCUCAACCAAGAUUACUGAACUGGAAGGUUGUAGCCCGAUCGUCUUUCCCUUCGCCGACAGCCAUGUUUUCGAAUCUGUGCUGAGGUUCAUGUGUACCGGAAUACUGCAGGUAUCAGACUGCCAUAAAGAUCAACCUGACGCAGCCUUCGAGAUGGCCAUGGUGGCUUGUAGGUUGAAGAUGGAAGACCUUGAAUGGUGUGCAGUCGGAAAGCUGGAGGACUACUUCGAUAUCAACAACAAUACAUACCUUCACCAAGACUCCGUUGAGUAUGUGUUGCGCAACACUGCAAGCAAAUCUCAUCUCCGCGAAUGGCUUGCCGAUCAUGUGGGAGGCUCAUUGAGCACUGGAACAUUACGUGCAGAAACCAUCGCCAGGUUCAUGGCUACCGCACCAGACUUCGCUAUCAAAAUCAUCAUGUCUAUGCAAACUACUGUGGUAGGAACUACCAAUGCUCUUCUAGAUAUGGAUAUUAGCGAUAUCGAUUGGGCACGGCACGAAGUCAUGGACAGAGACUAUGGCGGACAGGGCUUUCCUUCUUAUGAGGAUGUCGAUGACAGUGAUGAAGAAGAGGCCGGAGAUGACCCUGAACCCAUUUACACAAAUAUGGAGUCGUCUGACAACAGGGCAAUUGGUACAGGCAAGGAGGACAAUGAGGACGAUGACGAAGAGGAUAACGAACAUGACACCGAAAAUGAGGACGAGGAAGAAGGUUCGGAUGAGGAUGUGACUGAUGACGACAAGGAAAACGAACCACCAAGCGACGAUGAGAUUGAUAACGACAAGGAGAACGUACCGCCUAGCGAGGACGAGACUGACAGCGAAAAGGAGGAUGUAUUGCCCAGUGAGGAGGAGACUGAUAAUGAGAAAGAGAACGUAUCACCUAUCGAGGAUGAUGAGGAUGAUAACGAGCUCUGA